CGCGGGGUGACGCGAGCCCUAGCAACGCCGUCCUUCGCGACGCGGCCACGUUUGUAGUCGCUCGCAGGCGCUGCGGAAGGAAGCCGGAGGAUGGGGACCAUGGCCCUGGAGCCUGCGCCUUGCACCAUCAAAAGCCCAGUGGCACUUCAAGUGGGAGACAUGAGGACAGAGCUCGGCCGGCCAGGAGUGGUAGUGACCGAUGUUGUGCUCCCUCACUCGCAGGUCAUUGAUUUGCAGGAAAUCGUAUUCAAGAAUUACUACACAGCCUUUUUUACUCUUCGGGUGCAGCGCCGCAGCCCUGCAGAUGGAGGGAACGAAAGCCCUUCCAAAUGGGUUACAUGUCUGAGGAACUACUGCUUGAUGCCCAACCCACACACAGAGGAAGGCUCUCAGGACUACUUCUCUUUGUCUAGACAUCAGAUGCUUUGUGAUGUGGACCGGGUGGCUGCCAUACGUCUUAUUCUGCGCCAACCCUCUCCAGUAUGGCUUCAUUUUACCAUUGAGGAGCUGCAGCUUUUUCCUGGGGGUCUGAAAAGUCCACAGAAAGGUUUUCCAGCUUGGCUCUCUCAUCCGUCUCCUCAGGAACGGCCGGCAAACCUGCAUGAGGAUCUCCCUGAUGCUGAUAAAGUAUCUUCUGAAGUGCAGCAAAUGUGGGUCCUGACAGAAAUGCUCCAAGCCAGCCAGCCAGUAUCACGGAUUGGGCGCUUUGAUGUUGAUGGCUCCUAUGAUCUUAACCUCCUGUCGUAUACUUGAAUUCUCUCUGAUCCAGAAGUAGGCAAGGAAUCUCAGGAUUGAAUUCACUGGACUGCAUCCCUGCAAUUGUGGGACAGUUUUGAGGCAGAAGAAAAAGUUGAGUUAAAUCUGCUCCCUUCAAGUUCCAGUCCUUCCCCUUUCUGUUGUUCAGAGAUGUCUGAACAACACUGGAAUCUCUCUCUGUCUCCCCUCAACUAGGUCGCAUGUAUAGAACAUUCUUAUUUUGCACUAGGCCAGGCACAGUUGGAUUACCUGGACUGAAGGUGCCUUACUUAGGCUUUUCAUCUCCUGCUUUGCUUUUCCAAGCCUUGCUCCUUCAUGCUUGUUUUUUUAAGGACAAAACUAAGCAUCUUCUUCAAGAAACUAGUACAGAAUUGCAAUUUUUCAUUUUGUUAAGGGAAUGGCCUUGAGAGCAUGUUGUUCCCCAGUCCAAGGCUUGGAAUUCCAGAGAAACAAGAGUUCAGUUAUGAUUUUCUUUGCUGUGGCUACCUCACCAACAACAACAGAGCGUCAGUUUUUUAUUUAUUUAUUUUCAGUAUUUUGGAGACAAUGAGAGAAACUUAUUGAAAGAUUAUAGGGUCCUUAUUUUUUUCCAAAGGAAGGAUGGGAAGCAAGUGUUCUUUUAGAUGUUUCCUGGCUCCUUUGUGAGCAGUGAUUAUAAAUGAAGGGCAGUCCAGUAAUAUCUUUGUGACCACUUGUCUUAAAAGAGAUGAGAACGAACUAGCCAAUGAUCCAUUAGUACUAGACCGGACAUCUUUGAAGCUAGCAGCAACUUUAACUGCAAUAUAGUAAACAGUUUUGCGUAGCAAAAAUAGAAAAUGAAAGUGCUAUCUUACACUGUAAGUCAAACUGUAGCUGUAUUUUGAUUUUCAGUUGAGCCCCUUAUGAUUUCUUGUAACAGUAUACAUUUUAAAAAGCAAAGUUAUCUUGGGAAGCCCGUCUGCAAAUGCUUUGGAGCAUGCCUUAUAGAAAGUCCAUCUGCAUAACAAAUUGUUGUCACCAAUGUAUUCCUCAAACAUUUCCUUAUUCAUUAACUAUUCCAAUUGCCUAGCUUACCCCUGUUAUCAGUUGUAAAUAAUCAUUUAUUCUGGCUGACCAAUUGUAAUUGGACACUAACUGUUGAGAACGGCAAUUGAUUUUUAUGGGGAAAGUCUGGGUUCAGAUUCCUGCAGUAUUCCUACUUUAAGAAAAUACUUUCUCUCAGCUGGCCUAUUGGCACAGCAAUAUAAUGUUGUCCCUCCAAUGGCUAAUCUGUCAGUUUAGGAAGAGAAUAUUUGACCCCUUUCCCUGUUUCUGUUGUACCACUCUGCUCCCAGACAAAUGUUUCUUUUCUUGUGGUGAGUUAUACUUCCUGUAGUAUCUGUACAAUUUGUAGUCAUCGG